UGGUACAUUCCAAAUGACAGCUGGCUCCAUGCUCGUGCCACAGAAAGCCGCCUUUCUACCUAGAACUUCUUGUCUUUUUCGUCGUGUUCAAGCCUAAUUGGGAACUCUUGACCACCGACAUGUCUGCACCUAAGAAGGGAGACUUGUCUCCAAGCGAGAAGGAGUUGUUUGAGGUGAUCACUGCAGGAAACGUCCAAGAGGCUUCGAGGCUGCUGGGUUGCAAAGAUGUUGGAGUUAACUGCCUGGAUGAGAACGGGAUGACCCCUCUCAUGCACGCCGCUUACAAAGGAAAAGCCGACAUGUGCAGGCUGCUGCUGCAACACGGAGCGGACGUGAACUGCAACCAACACGAGCACGGAUACACGGCGCUGAUGUUUGCCGGCCUGUCGGGUAAGACCGACAUCACGUGGAUGAUGCUGGACGCCGGCGCGGAGACGGACGUGGUCAACUCCGUGGGACGGACCGCCGCGCAGAUGGCCGCCUUUGUCGGGCAACACGACUGUGUGACGGUGAUCAACAACUUCUUCUCCCGGGCCAGACUGGACUACUACACCAAGCCCCAGGGUUUGGAGAAGGAACCCAAACUGCCGCCCAAACUGGCCGGGCCCCUCCACAAGGUCAUCAUGAGCACCAACCUGAACCCCGUCAAGAUGGUGAUGCUGGUGAAGGAGAACCCCCUGGUGGCCGAGGCGGAGGCCCUGGACAAGUGCCGGCGGGUGAUGGAGCUCAUCUGCGAGAAGUGCAUCAAGCAGCAGGACAUGAACGAGGUGCUGGCCAUGAAGAUGCACUACAUCAGCUGCGUGCUGGGGAAGUGCGCGUCCUUCCUCAGGGAGCGCGAGGACAAGCUGGACGGCCUCAUCAAGAGCCUGCUGAAGGGUCGGGACGGAGACGGCUUCCCCGUGCACCAGGAGAAGUUCCUCCGCGAGUGCAUCCGCAAGUUCCCUUACUGCGACGCCACGCUGCUGCAGCAGCUGGUGCGGAGCAUCGCCCCCGUGGAGAUUGGUAACGACCCCACGGCGCUGUCGGUGCUGACGCAGGCCAUCACCGGCCAGGUGGGCUUCAUGGACGCAGAGUUCUGCACCACGUGCGGCGAGAAGGGGGCCGAGAAGAGGUGCUCCGUUUGCAAGAUGGUGAUCUACUGCGACCAGGCCUGUCAGAAGAUGCACUGGUUCGCCCACAAGAAGGUCUGCAAGACGCUGCAGGAGCAGAGAGAGGAGCAGGAGGCCGAGAUGAGGAUGCAGCAGAGCAAAGAGGAGAGCGCCGGCGCGCAGGAGGCCGCGGACUCCAUGCGGGCGCUCUCGGUGGAGGCCGGCGCUGAGGCGCCCCCCCCGCAAACCUCAAACCCCGCCCCCAUCCCGGCCGCCGACAACUGAGCGGGCCGGAGAGGAGGAAACCCAUAUUUAUUACGUCACGAGGACGCUUCGAGGGCACGGUGGCCAUCAUUUUUCUUUCUUUUUAUAUAUAUAUAUAUAUAUAUAUAUAUAUAAAAUGUAUAUGUGUGUAUGUAAAGGUUGAUGUCUUUUGUGAUUAGAAGUGGUGGUAGAAGAGCUGGUGGUUCACACCCCUGAUGGAAUGUGAUUAUUUUUUGCCUUAAACCGUAGAGCCAAUCAGAGCAGUGCUUUCUCUUCCUACUUGAUUUGUUUUUGGGAGUUUGUGGUUUGUGGGGUUUUUUUUGUACCAAUGACGUCAUAGCAAAUGGCAGGGCCGCACAAUAUUGACCAAACUUGUAUAUUUUUUAAAUAUAAACGAAAUAAACACGAAUUACUAGUU